UGUCUCCUCACGUGCUCACACCCAGACUCCAGCAAGAGGUCUGAGGGGGAAUUCAAGGAUUUUGUUACUGCAAGGAAGGUUCAGAAGGCUGGUAGGGAGAAAUUGAGGAGGGGUCGGUUGAAUGAGCAGUUUAUAGAGUUAGGAAAUGCCUUAGACCCUGAUAGGCCCAAAAAUGAUAAAGCAACCAUUCUUUCUGAUACAAUUCAAUUGCUUAAGGACUUGACAGCUCAAGUUGAGAAACUGAAAGCUGAGAAUGCAUCACUAAAUGAAGAAUCCCGUGAGUUAACUCAGGAGAAGAAUGAUCUCAGAGAAGAGAAGGCAUCCCUCAAAUCGGCUACUAAGAACCUUAAUGUUCAGUAUCAGCAGAGCCUCAGAGCUAUGUUCCCAUGGUCUGCCAUUGAUCCCUCAGUUGUUGUAAGUCCACCUUCUUACCCGUUUCCAAUGCCAGUCCCAGUGCCUAUCCCUACAGGUUCAAUUCCCAUGCAUCCAUCUAUGCAGCCAUACCCUUUCUUUGGAAGAUCAUUAAGAUUUUCAUACACGUGUCUGCCUGGAGGAGCAGGUUGUUGACAUUUGAUGUAGCAGAUGCCAGUAGAGACUUGGCUACAGUGGAUCAUGUGGAGGACAUUUACAAGUUCUGUAAAUUGAUUGAGAAUGUGAGCCAAUUACAUGAUUAUAGGGAUUCCUAAGUUGAAAUAGACGAUAAGAUGAGAGCAAUCUUGGUGGAUUGAUUGACUGAAGUUCAGCACAAAUCUGAGCCUUGCCAGAGAUGGAUAAACUUACCUAUCUAACCUGCUGCCCUACUGCCCUACUGCCCUGUUCCUAAACUCGCUGCCUCCAUACUCACUGUCAUCAUGCUCGCUGCCUGUAUCCAAUACCCAUCCCACUACCCCUUUUCCUCUUUCCAUACCCAUAAUACCCAUUAAUCCCACUAAUUUCCAUCACUCACCCCACCAUUCAUUCCCCAUUCAUUUCUUUUCAAUCCUCUGCAUAUGCAUGACCCCUUAACAUCCUUCCAAAGCUUUCUCUUGAAACCCAUUUUUCAUGACUACCAAACCCACUUCCCAUUAUUUCCCACCAUCUGUUUCACUGAUGACAUGCACACCAUCACCUUCAAUGGUCCCCCCAUAUCCAUCUACCCACGACCUUAAUCCAUAGUACCUGCACCUCCAUCCUUUACUACCCCUCAAACUCGCUACUCAUAUCUCUAAUCUAUCUUGCCAUCACUAUACCCAUCACCGUUCACUUCUCACACUACUCACCUCCUCUAGCCAAAACCAUCUUCCAUGCCCAUCAUGCCCGUCACCAUACCUCUUAUCUCUACAUUUCAUUCCACCAUCAAAACCACUUCUUUAAUACCCCAUAAAUACACUUCCUUCACCCCCAUCUAAAAAUUCUUCUUCACGGUAUGAGGAGACUGAAGAGCUCAUAAGGAGACAACAUGCUUCAUAUUCAGACUUUCCUUCAGAUUUGACAGCCAAGUGUCAAUGUAUGGCCACCGAUGAUGCUGUUGUUUGUUUCUAGUAUAUGCAUGGAUGGUGGCGGUAUUUUCCUCAUGUCAGAUUUGUAUACACAUAGCUCAAUGCUCGAAGCAUUUGACAGUGCACACCAAUGAAUUUUUUUAGUACGUCUACAAGGAGAUGACUCUUUCUAGGCAUCAGCGUGAUCGAAGUAAACACGCAUGGCUGUUUGGAAAAGCGCCAGAAGCUGAAGGUAUACAAUGAGGUUCCGCGUUAACAAUGAGGCUUUUGAACCUGGUUUUGAUGGAAUUGUGGGCUCACUUCGUUCAACUCCACUGGGUAUGCUCCGAAUGCGAAGUGCAUAGGAUGUUGAGGAAUUUCAGGGGAAAAUUGGUAACAUAUGUGAGUGGUCUACUUGCAUUUGCUGACACGUUAGUCUUUACAAUAUCUCCGGGUUGUGAAGCUGCUUGUCGAGGUUUGGGUUACUACAUUUAAUGUUUGGGUUGAUAAAAUGAGAGCAUUUACAGCCUUCUCGUGAAGCACAUGAGUGUGCUGGUUCCAUUUUUGAGAUGAAUCAAAUGGUUGUUGAUGUCCAGGCGUUACUUGUGCAAUGUGUGGGUUUGAGAUGAAGCAUAUUGAAGAACGAAUAAAGAGAAAGAAGGUGUAUAACCAAGACCAAGAGACAGGAGAUAAUGUCAUAGGUAACAUCAAGGUCUUUUGUCAGUGCUGCCCAU